AUGAUUCUUCAUCAGUAUGAUUACAUCUUUGCCAUCGGCACUCUCUUUGCCUUCUUGGAUGCCUUCAACAACGGAGCCAAUGAUGUGGCAAACUCAUGGGCUACCAGUGUCUCCUCGAGAUCCGUCUCCUAUCGCCAGGCCAUGAUUCUCGGUUUCGUCUUCGAGUUCCUCGGCGCUGUCACUGUCGGUUCCCGUACCGCCGAAACAAUCAAGAAUGGCAUCAUCCCCGUCGACUCCUUCCAAGGAAAUGCCGGAGUCCAGAUGAUGGCAUUCACCAUCGCCCUGGUUGCGGCGUCUUCUUGGGUGAUGUGGUGUACCCGCCAUUCCGCCCACGUCUCUUCGACCUACUCCCUGAUAUCUGCCGUAGCCGGUGUGGGUGUUGCUACCGUUGGUGCCUCCAAGGUCCAGUGGGGCUGGAACGGUGGAAAGGGUCUGGGUGCUAUCUUCGCUGGUCUGGGAAUGGCUCCAGUCAUCUCAGGCGGCUUCGCCUCCGUCAUCUUCAUGCUCAUUAAGGUGAUCGUGCACAUGCGUCGCAAUCCCGUUCCAUGGGCUGUCUACAGCUCGCCUUUCUGGUUCCUUGUCGCUGCUACUAUCUGUACCCUGUCUAUCGUCUACAAGGGUUCUCCUAAUCUGGGUCUUUCCAAGAAGCCCGCUUGGUAUAUCGCUGCAGUCACGCUGGGCACUGGUGGCGGUGUCUUUGUCGUGGCUACUCUCUUCUUCCUGCCCUUCCUCCGUGCACGCAUCAUCAAGAAAGAUUACUCGGUCAAGUGGUAUAUGAUUCCCCUCGGUCCUCUGCUUUGGAACCGCCCUGUCCCUGUUGAUGGGGAGACCGCCAAGGUCCCGAACUACGCCGUGAUUCAGGAUGAAUACGACGAUGAGCACUCGACUCGCACCCACGGCUCUAUCGACAAGGACGCCCAGACUUCCGCACUUCCUGCCGAUGACCAAGAGAAGCAGCAUGAGCGAAGCCUGGUUGCUUCUGAGACUCACCAGCUUACUUAUAAGGAGAUCAUGGCCCAGUCCGAUGCGAAGCACCGAGAGAAGCUUCUUGCAAGCCGCGGUCCCCUUGGCUGGGCUAUGCGCUACCUGCGUGACAACCCUAUGGGCCCUGGCGAGCUGUAUGAACUUCGCAACAUCGUGACCCUUCUAAAGCGCACUCCUCCGACCAUUGUUUGCGCUCUUCUGUAUGGUUUCCACUACGAUAUUCACACAGCCCAGAGCGGUACCUCAGGAACCCCCGAGGGAGAGCGCAUGAAGCGUGUCUAUGCUGCUGCUGAGAAAUAUCCUAACGAGGUCGAGCACACCUACUCCUUCAUCCAGGUUAUCACUGCCUGUACGGCUUCCUUUGCCCACGGUGCCAACGACAUUGGAAACUCUGUCGGCCCCUGGGCUGCUAUCUACGCGACCUGGUCCACUGGUCAACCUACUGAGAAGAAGGCAACUGUCCCCGUCUGGCAGCUGGCUGUUCUUGCGAUUUGGAUCUCCAUUGGUCUUUGCACGUACGGUUACAACAUCAUGAAGGUCAUGGGUAACAAGAUUACUUACCACUCUCCCAGCCGUGGGUCUUCCAUGGAGCUGGGUGCUGCCAUCACUGUUCUGGUCUUCUCUCAGUACUCCCUCCCCGUCUCGACCUCCAUGUGUAUCACUGGUGCCACUGUUGGGGUCGGGCUUUGCAAUGGAAAGCUGAGUGCUGUCAACUGGCAACGUGUGGGUCUCCUGCUGCUGGCUUGGAUCAUGACCAUUCCCAUCGCCGGCACCCUUGGUGGAUGUCUCAUGGGUCUUUUCAUUAAUGCGCCUCACUUCUCGUCUUGA